AUGCACUGCUUCUACAACAGCAAGGCACCAGAACACCCGCUGCCCUUCACCCCCAGUGACGUUCCAGUGGGAUUGUGCUCUUCAGUGAUCUACUGCUGCCUUGGGCCAACAAGCGAUGGUUCCAACCUCACUUUUCUGAACAUUAAUUCCACUGCCGGACCACGUGACCUCGAAACAUUCAGUUCGGUGGUGCAUGGCUUGGACCCUUCUAUGCGACGCCUUGUCGCAGUCGGGGGUGCCCGCUUGAACUAUGAGCACCUGACAAGAGCUUUACACAAUUCGGAGUCGAGGACCAAAUUCGCAAAUAGCGUCAUGGAAUUUCUCAAGCGUCCCUACCUUCGAAACUUCGGGCUCGUCCUGCAUGUAAUACAGCCCGAAAAAAUCGCCAAGCCCCGUUUGCUCGACACUUUCGUCGUGGAGUUGUCCGCCAGGUUCAAGUCCAGAACAUUUAUCCUGACCCUGCCGCUAAGUAGUGACGUGGAGAGCAGGUACUUUCAUCCGAUGGCGUAUAAGAACGUAAAGGCGUUCAUCAAAAUGUCUCAUCGCUUUGGCACGCCCACCAUAGGCAGCUGUCCCAAUCCUGUGCGUGGCCUGCGGGUGCACUCACUGGAGAAGGUGAUGAGGGAUGUCAAAAUGAUGUAUCACCACCAAUGGGAUGAAGGCAUCAGAGAAAAGACUCUCUUCACCAUUUCACUUGCCGGCUACAUAUACUGGGUGAGAAAUGGCUCCCUCGCCAGAGUGACUAAAGGCCGCGUCGAAAAACACGCACUUUCCGGUUACUGGGACAUCUGCCGCAAAGUGGACGACGCCAGCUGGAACCACAAGUACAUUAGGGAGACUGGCUGCCUCACAGCUUGGUCCGGUCGCAACUACGUAUCGUCUCUUUCCCCGAAGUCGUUCAAGUUCCUCGAUCACAAGCGAGAUAUAAGAGGCAUCGUUGUGUUCGACAUUGAGAAAGACGAUUUCAAGGGCAUGUGCGGCGAUCCUUACCCCAUGCUUAGAGCACUCAAAGAAAGCCUUGUGAAAUAUAAGGUUGAUAAAUAA